AUGAGCAUCUGCCAUCCUCCGCCAACUCUCACAGAGGCCAAUUUGCCAGAUCAACAUGGAAAGGUUUUCAUAGUCACUGGGAGUUCAAGCGGCUUUGGCAAAGAGCUCGCCAAAAUCUUGUAUCAACGACACGCAAAGGUGUACAUUGCCGUCCGAUCCGAGAGUAAAGCUCGCGUUGCCAUCGAAGAACUACGAUCUCUGUUGCCCCACUCACAGGGCGAGCUCUUAUAUCUGCACCUCGACCUUGCGGAUCUUGUGUCAGUCAAGGCAUCUGCCCUGGACUUCAUCAGCCGGGAGAACCGCUUGGAUGUACUUUGGAACAAUGCAGGUGUGAUGCUUCCUCCCGAGGGCUCCAAAACCGUUCAGGGGUUUGAGCUUCAGCUCGGGGUCAAUGCUCUCGCCACCUUGCUAUUCACGCUCUGGCUCCGUCCGCUUCUGGUCGCCACUGCGGCAAAGUCGCCCGCCAACUCGGUCAGAGUGGUUUGGGUAUCCUCAAUGGCCGCCAAGCGCGCGCCCAAGCCGCCGAUUGAUUUCUCCAACAUGCGUCAUGAGAGGUUUGACGAAGGUCAACAGACCAAAUACAGCAGAAGCAAAGCAGGUAUGGUCUUGCUUGCAGCAGAGUUUGGAAACCGAGUUGCAAGUGAUGGGGUUGUCAGCAUUAGCCUCGAACCGGGUAUAGCCAAGACGGAACUUCAACGCAACAUGCCUGCCGCUCAGAGGCUCCUGGUGAGUGUUGGUGGAUAUGAGCCAAUAAAAGGAGCAUACACCGAGUUGUUUGCUGGGCUGAGUCCCGAAAUCACGCUCCAAAAUCAAGGGCUCUGGGUGGUUCCGAUCGGUCGCUUGCAACCAUAUCGCAAGGACCUUCUCGACGAAAGUCUUCGUAUCAAGUACUACGAGUGGGCAGAGUUGCAGAUCCGGCCUUAUAUGGACAUUUAG